GGCCGGAUCCGGGAAGGGCCGGGUCGGAUGCGGGAAGGGCCCGGCGGAAGGCAGCUGGCUGCCCCGCAGAAACCUCAGCUAAGGGCAGCGGGCUGCGGGCCGGCGGACGAGCCUCCCCGCCAGCCUCUGCCGAAAUGCCGCCAGCGGUGUUCUCGGCAGCUGCGGUAGCAGUGUGUCGCUGCUGUUUGAUCCUGUGCUGGCUUGCCUAGAGUCGAAGUACAGUAGUGAAGAGGAAUCAUGGAGACACUCCAGACUCAACUGGACGUCUUGCUGUGUCACCUGCUCCAGGUGAUUUGCCUUGGCAGAGGCUUGGGCUGGAUGAUUUCCAGAGGCCCCCUCCAACUCUAGAAAAUCUGCGAGUUUUUCCUGAAGAGAUUACUGGUGCAGCAGCCCGCAUCUUCCUAAUGCCGAGCCGUCUUCAGCCCCCUCAGAGCAACAUGAGGCGGUAUCUCGGUGUGAAUCCCCCGGGUUUCAGUUGUUACUUAAAUGCAGAUUGUUUCAGACAUACACAUGUUUUAUCUGAGACCCUCUCACACUUGGGGCUAACUGGAGCCUGAGGCAAAAAACGUUUUGAUUCGAAGAACUCUUAUCCCAUGUUUGACCUACAAAAUACACGACAAGUUCCGUGGGAGGAGCCGGGGCACGCUGCAGUGUGUUCUGGGCUGGGCUGUUAAUUCCUCGGAGAGUGUAGUCGGUGUUCCUUCAGCUUCAUAGCCAGGAAGGACAGUUCCCGCCAGAGCAAACCUGUCGUUCCGGGACCUGCUCCUUUAAGGAUAUGGUCUGGCAGCUCAGUUCAUCGACGCGAGGUUGUGCUGUAGCACUGAGAAAUGCAGCUGCAAUGGAGAGUAAAUAUUGUCAAUGAAGCUUCAGUCAGAGACUUCUGGAGGAACCAGAAAAAUAAGUUAAUCUUUAAGCUGCAGGCUUAAAAUCUUCAUGCCAGCAAAGCGGUUCUAGCUCUGGUGUAUCACCAGAUUGCAGGCAGUGGAUUUGAUGUGAGACUCCAGCAGCUGGGCUGUACCUAACCUGUGUUGGCGGGGUUAUGUAAGCUCUGACUGCUGAGGGCUCUGUGCAGCCUUCCCUCAUCUGCCAAGAGCUUAUUCCAGCCUGUCGGCAGAUAACCCCUGGGGAGGUGGGAAGGUGAGUCUGUGCUGCACCCUGGCACAGAAGUGUCACAUGAAGUGGCUGUCGGUGGCCCUGCAGGACUCCCUGAGCUGCUGCUGCCACUCAGGCGUUGGCAACCCGAGCAGGUGAGUGUGUGCUUGUGCUGGCCCAGCCUGGAGGUCCCUCUGGGUGGGUCUCUGCAGGUCAUGCUGUAGCAAUCCUGGAUGCAGGAAGGUUAGCUUGUUGAAGAUCGUGGAGAGAUCUUUUAGGGGUGGACCACAAAACAAGGCACAUCAGUGAGUUUUUCCUCUAUUUCUCAUUUCUGGUUUUGGCAAGAAGGAAAUUGGACUAAAUAAAUGUGGGAGGUUGCUUAGAUCUAUAGUUUUGUGCUACAGUGACCUGUGCUGAAUGGUCCUUAGUCAGCAGAUCUGGCAACAGGCUGGUCAGGUAAAAGCCUUGAGAGAUCAUGUUCCGUUAGGUUCCAGGUAAUUUGGUUUGUCUUUAGGAGUCCAUCCCAGAAUGACUGUGGUGUCAGUCCAAAAGAUGAAUGUUUCAGUCUUUCUGCUGAGCUUAGGAGACACUUGAGUAAGCAUGCAUCUAUAUUCUGCUUCAGUAUGAAAGACUCAGGCUUAUUAAACUUCUAAAUAAGUUACAGAGUUCCCUGUCCUUUGCACUAAGUCAAAAUGGUAGAAUUAAGUUGCAGGCUAGAGUUAACGUGUUCCAGUGUAGAGGGAUAUUUUUUCGUUGUGUUUUUCCUUUUUAUACCAGAAUUUCUUGGUUUAUUUUUUUUUUGUUUGAUUACAGCACAUAAAACAGGCAUUUCAUUGUGAAGAAGGAGUGAGUACAGUACAACUGUUUGUUGUCUCGUCCUUCUUCCCUUCUUGGUACUGUGGCCGGAGCACCACGCGUCUGGCAAAAUUUUGAGAAGGCUCAAGGCGUUAAAGAAAGCUCAUCUAAAUAAAGGAGGGUUAACGUGACAUUGCAGUUACUUAAUCCUGUAUUGUCCUGCCAUGUGACUGCAGGGAUACUGGGCGCAGCAUUUCUUUUGCCUAGUGCACAGACUGUGCUUUUCCUGUCAUCUUCCAGAAUCGGUGGCUUUGUUGAACACACCAUGGGAAAGAAACAGAGGGACAGCUUACUUUUCACAGCAAGGCUUCCACACACAGUGUCAUUUCCAAGAUACAGUGACAAGCUCACAGGCUGAAGAAUGAAUCAAAGGCAGUCCCUACAGUCAGCUUUUGGACUUUUACCAGAAUCAAGGAGAACUACGCUCUUAAGCUGAAGAUCCUGACAUACUAACUCUAUUUGUGAGGAAUGAAUGUAUACAGCCUCCAGUUUUAUCUCUGAUUUUGAACAGGAUAUGCAAUAUGUAGAUGUGCCAGAUUUGUUUUUGAACAAAAUAUCAAAUUAGUCUUUGGACUUUCUGUAAGCUGCUAUUUUUUUUUUCCUUUUGCUGCAUUUAUCACAGUGUCCAUAAUGUGCAGUAUUGCAUAUUUCUACCAAAUUACUUCAUUUAAACUUAUCAGGACAUCUUGUUAAAUGGGGAAGUGAUUACCCUAUAGACUAUGACAACAGGAUAUGUGAAUGAAGGAAGUCUUGGAAAAUACCGCUGUUCCCGGUGGCAUCACGAGGAUAGCAGAGAAGAUGAUGGGCACCAGGAGUGCCAUGAAGAAGACGAAGAGGGUAAACAGCACAGGCUGACCCCAUUUGAGAAACUCAUGCAGGAUAUGUCUCAUAAUGAAAAAGUGGUGAAAGAAUUAACCCUGGGAAAGAGAAUUGCCUUCUAUCGAGUCAGAGGAGAAAUAGGAAGUGGGAAUUUCUCACAAGUGAAGCUUGGAAUUCAUUCCCUAACCAAAGAGAAAGUUGCAAUUAAGAUUUUGGACAAGACAAAGCUAGACCGGAAGACUCAACGUUUGCUGUCUCGUGAGAUAUCCAGCAUGGAAAAGCUGCACCACCCAAAUAUCAUCAGGCUGUAUGAAGUGGUGGAGACACUCUCCAAACUGCACUUGGUGAUGGAGUAUGCAGGAGGUGGGGAGCUCUUCACUAAAAUCAGUACAGAAGGAAAGCUGCUAGAAACAGAGUGUAAAAUAAUCUUCUCACAGAUUGUGUCUGCUGUGAAGCACAUGCAUGACAAUAAUAUCAUUCACCGGGACCUGAAAGCAGAAAAUGUCUUCUACGCCAGUAACACCUGUGUUAAAGUGGGGGACUUUGGAUUCAGCACAAUAAGUAAAAGAGAUGAAACUUUAAAAACUUUCUGUGGCUCUCCUCCUUAUGCCGCUCCUGAACUCUUCCGAGAUGAAAACUAUAUUGGCAUCUACGUAGACAUCUGGGCCCUGGGAAUCCUCUUGUACUUCAUGACGACAGGUAGCAUGCCAUUCCGGGCAGAUACAGUAGGCAAACUGAAAAAGUGCAUUCUUGAAGGGACAUACACUUUGCCUCCCUGCCUCUCAGAAAAUUGCCAGAAACUGAUAAAAGGAGUCCUUCAGCCAGUACCAACCAAGCGAUACUCUGUUAAACUGAUUAUGAACAGUGAAUGGAUGCAAGGAAUACAGUUCCCCAAACCUUUACAGACAUUUAACUUGGAUCCUAAGUAUUUAUCAGACAUCAGUACACUCAAAGAAGAAGAAAUUGAAGUGAAAAAUAUUCUGGAAGACCUGGGAAUCACAGAACAGCACAUUCAAAACAACCGGGGAAGAGACGCACGCAGCUCCAUAACGGGGGUCUACAGAAUUGUGUUGCACAGAGUACAGAAGAAAAGGGCACUUGAAUCUGUUCCUAUCAUGUCCCAGCCAGAUCCAAAAGAAGAAGACUUGAGGAAUGGAAUCACUUCUUACAGUGGCAUUAAGCACACAUCCAAGCUGUGUUCUAUUUUAUAAAAUUGCACUGCAGGCUUUAUGCUUAGCACAUUUGACAAAGGGGAUUAUUCACUUAUCCUUAAGCUGUAGUGUUACAUUUUUUUGUAAUUUUUGAAUAAACCAAAAAUGCCUCAUUUUCUUUGCAUUUCUCAAUUGACAGUGAAGCACUCAAAAACAGCUCUUGUGCAUUCGUUUGACCCUUUCUCCAGACACUUGGUAUAGCCAGUGCAAGAACCCAGUAACUGAAAAGAUGAUGAGUGAAGGGGACUUUAAUAAAACACCAUGCUACAGCACUUAACCCAUUUGGGAGAUUCUCUGCACAGCAUGCAACAGCUAACUUCUGAAAAGCUGCAUUUAAGCUCAACACAACUUUAUCACUGCAAACCAGGACAGUUUUUCCUGAGAACUAAAUUUAAGCAGAGACCAGACCAUAAUCUAAACAAUUGCAAAUUCUGCCUUUGAACUUCAUCAAAUUUAGCAAGGUAAUUUUUAAAAAGCAUUUUAUUUUCUUUCCAGAAACAUCAAAGCUGUUGGUGGCUGCAGCUCCCAACCUGCCAUGAUUCCAGAAGACAGAUCAGGAUUCAGUACUUCAACCCUGCAUGUGCGGGUGCCUGACUGGUUGGGCUGCCAUCAAUUAUCCUUCUGACACCUUCCACUGCUUGCACAAUUUGCCAGUCUGGAACUGCUUGGACUCCAGCUGCACUCCAAUAAAGAAAGAUUUAAGUAUUCUCCAAAA